AUGUGUGGCAUCGGUUGCGUAAUUCAUGCGCAGCACGUAAGAGAUGAUGACUACCACGUGAAACUAUGCAAAAAGGGCAAUGUGUCACGCACUUCCCUCUUCGAGGCGGUACGUCGACGUGGACACGACGCCUGGUCAGUGCUGAAGAGACAUGUUAAUGCACAUGUAUUUGUGGAGGCUGCCAGUGGCGUACUUCGACUGCGUGGUGGUAGCGAGCCAGUGGUGCAGCCUUUACUAUUAGGAAGUGAGUCCCUCGUAACCGAAUGCAACGGUGGUGAUCAGUCAACUUGCCCGUCAUUUCUUCAAUGGAACGGGGAGGUGUUCGGCGGCAGCAUACAGCUGGCACCGUGUGGUUCGGAUACCGCUGCCAUUGGCAACCGCUUGUUUCAGCUUGAGCGUGAAUGCAGCGCGAUCUCCCAGGACUGCACAUUCGGUGACAACCAUGUACGUGCAGACAACUUAAGUGUAGCGCAGGCUGCAUUCGCAGAAUUGUGUGUGAGUUUCCUGGAAACGGAAGUGAAAGGACCCUUCGCCUUUGUCUACUACGCUCAUUUGCUGCACCUUUUCAUGUUUGGUCGAGACCCACUGGGGAGGCGAUCACUUCUGACGCAUGCAGCGACGGCCGCGUCGGCAGAAUGCGGAUCGGUGGUGGAAUUUGUUAUAUCUUCCGUUGCUGUGGAACACGAUGGCCACUGCGCGGCAGGAAGCGGACUGUCGGGGCUAAGGAAGCGGUGCAAGUACGAAUGCAAUGAUACCCACAAUGAAAACGGUGUUUUGGGAACCGACGGGGAUAAUACACCUACAGCGGACGGUUGCUCUUCCUUGCGGUUCGGCUGUUGGAAGGAGCUCCCAAACACGGGCUUAUUCACUCUCAGUGCGGCAGCGGUCUCGAAUGUUGGAUCGUCGUUGGCGCAUUACCCAUGGAAAUUGAGUCACUGUGCCCACCCUUUGGUGCGUCCACCAUGCGGUGUACAAGCGCAGUUGCUGAACAGAAGGGAGGAAGAAUACCCGCACACGCUGAGGUACCUUUUGAACAAAGGCAGGAUAUCCCACCACGCCGUGAUGCAGGAAUUGACAGCGUUCGGCAUGUGGGCUGCAUCAAGCUAUUUGUCGGCCCUAUGGGAGGCAGUUUCAGUGCGUGUACGCGCCGAUCACUGUGGUGGUGAUACGGCCACGCCCAUUGGUGUUUUGUUCUCAGGGGGCAUCGAUAGCACUAUAUUGGCCGCUAUCGCCCACUAUGUCUUGCCGACAGCGACGCCUAUAGAACUAAUCAACGUGGCCUUCGGAGAUGCCCCGGAACUGACACCGGAUAGGCUUGCAACGUUUAACGCAGUUGAGCAACUUCUUCAGCUUCCGGCAGUUGAACCCAACGAUAAGGCUAACGGAACGGUUGGGGCGGCAACGCAGGCGCAGAGGGAGUGGAGGUUAGUACUGAUUGACGUGCCUGUUGGUAGCGAUGAUGCGCAUAUACGACGACUCAUAUUUCCCAAAGACACCGAUAUUGACAUCAGUAUCGGUACCGCGCUAUGGCACGCUGCACGGGGUCGGGGUCGCAUGCAACGCAUCACGCAAGACAGCCAGGUUGCGGAGCAACUUGCCGCAAGAAAGGCGUAUCAAUUGCGGCACAAGCUAUAUCGACUAUCAGAAGGGGGGGCUAACUCUGACGCCAACACAGAUAUGGAGUCUGGUCACGAAGUCGGUGGCAAAUUUGCGAAGUUUUCCCCUUUAAUCGAUGUCAUGAUAGAAGAGUUGGAGGCGUCUGGUGGGGAAUGCGCAACUGCUCCCGUUCUCUUGUCGACACUAGGGAAAGAGUACGCCGCUGCGCUCCGCCCCACGCUGUCGCAGUACGGCUACAAGAAACUUGGACAGUACUUGAAUGACGCAUCACUUGCUGGUUUGGUUGCGUUCGCGAAAGGAAACGAAGCACCGUCGAAGGCUAUAAGGCUUGUUCGGGAUGAGGACGUGGCGCGGGUACAGCGCACGCGGCCUGCUAAAUGGCUGCAAAUCACCGAGGAAGAUUCACCGCUCGGUUACUGCGUCGAAGAAUACGAAUGUGAAGCUCGUGUCCUGUUGCUCGGGAUGGGUGCUGACGAAACCCUCGGUGGUUAUACGCGGCACCGUCGAGCUUUUGAGCGCCGUGGUAUUCGCGGCCUUGUUGGAGAACUUGAUCACGACUUUUCACGGCUAUGGGAACGCAAUCUCGGCAGGGACGACCGGGUGGUGAGUGACAGUGGUAGGGAGGGUCGAUAUCCUUAUCUGGAUGAGGGAGUACUUGCCGUGCUUGGUGCAGUGGUGGCGGGGGCGCACCAGCAUCUUGUCUCUAGCGACCACCACACGCCAUCUGAUGAAACUGGUGUCACUUCAGCAGGGGCGGUGGAUGAUUCGGUGCUGGAACUGGCCGUGUCGUCGGUCUGUAGCUUUACAGGGGCUGGUGGCACACCCGGUGUAGGAGACAAGAAAAUUUUGCGGCGCUGUGCCGCGCUAUUGGGACUUGGCGACGUUGUACGGCUGCAAAAGCGUGCGAUACAGUUCGGCUCACGCAUUGCGAAGCAAUGCUGCAGCUCUCCCUGA